UAACGUGCUCACCGCCGUGCGCGACGAUGGCCUUUCUAUUCAGACCAGCUUUGCGGCAGGUCGCCGGUAGGGCCUUGCACACGCAGACUACAUCUCCAGCAAGCACCCCUGCUACUGCUCUGUCUCUCAUUCGAUCACAACCAUCACACUAUGUUGUCGCCUCCGUUGCUGGUCGAAAAUACACUCUGGCACCGCGCGACCUGCUCACAGUACCACGUCUGAAAGACGUCAAUGUUGGCGACGUCCUCUCGCUUUCAGAAAUUCACGAGGUUGGCUCCCGUGAAUUCACGAUCCGCGGCAAUCCCAUCAUUCCACCAGAAAAUGUUAAGGUCCAAGCGACAGUAGUGGAGCACACGAAGGGAAGGAUGGAGGUCAUCUUCAAGAAGAAGAGACGAAAGGGUUACCAAAGGACCAUCAAGCAUAAGCAGACUUAUACUCGUCUUCGUAUUGGACCUAUUGAUGUUGUAGAGUCACAUUCAUGAUAGCAUCAUAUAUUCGCAUAAUACCAGUACUUGGGACAUACAGUA